AGAGAGAGACCAGCUACAGAAUAGUCUAAAUACCAGGACCACAGAGAGAGACCAGCUACAGAAUAGUCUAAAUACCAGGACCACUGAGAGAGACCAGCUACAGAAUAGUCUAAAUACCAGGACCACAGAGAGAGACCAGCUACAGAAUAGUCUAAAUACCAGGAACACUGAGAGAGACCAGCUACAGAAUAGUCUAAAUACCAGGACCACUGAAAUAGACAAGUUGAUGAAGAGUCUGAACACUACAACUAUGGAGCGUGACCAGCUACAGAAGGAGAUAGGGUCCUGUCCUGAAGGAUGGAGAAGGUUUGGCUGUAGCUGUUACUACCUGUCUACUGAGAAGAAAUCCUGGGAGAAGAGUAGACAGGACUGUCUGGAGAGAGGAUCAGACCUGGUGAUCAUUAACAGUGUAGAGGAACAGACAUUCAUCAAUGGGUUUGAAUCAUUCCUUUUUGCCUGGAUUGGUCUGACUGACUCUGUUACUGAGGGGACCUGGAAAUGGGUGGACGGCACCCAACUGACCACCCCAAGGUAAGAGACUCCUACUCUAUAAUAACACUGACCACCCCAAGGUAAGAGACUACUGCUCU